AUGUUUGCUGCUGCAACCAAAAACUUCGUUAAACAGGUUGGUGACGGAGGAAGAUUAGUUCCUGUGCCUAGUCUCAGUGAAGCUGAUAAAUACCAACCGCUGAGUCUUGUAAUUAAGAAAAGAAAAUGUUUUCUUUCAAAAAAGUCUAAAUUUGCUUCAACGCCGUUCACAUUAAAAGACAUUCUUCAAGGGGAGAAGGAAAUCUCUGCGGGUGUCUCAUCCUACCAGUUGCUCAACUAUGAAGACAAAUCAGAUGUUUCGCUCAGUGGUAGAAGAGGAAAUCAGAUAAUGAAUGAUGUUGGUUUUGAUGUUGCUGGAUCAGAUUCUGUUGCCUUUAAAGCUUCAUUUGGCAUAGUGACCAAACAUGAGGUUGAAGUACCAACGCUACUUAAAGAACUUAAUACAAGAAAAAUAAACUUUGACCAUUGUCUAGUCCAUCAAUCAAGAAAAAGUAGGAUGGAAAUUUUGUGCGUGGUCAUGGAAAGUAUUAGAACUACAAGGCAGUGCUCAUUAACUGUCCAUACUGGAAUGCGAGGAGAGACGAUGAGGUUUCACUUUAUUGAAGAUCAAAAUUGUAAAGGACGGGACAAAGCCAUUGUUUUUCCUGCACAUACAACUAUUGCAUUUAGUGUAUUUGAACUUUUUAUUCAUUUGGAUGGUAAUUUUGAACUCUGUGUGACUCCAAUUUCAAAAGGCGGAUUUGAAAAAGAGAAAUCUGGAUCAUCUUCACUGAACAAAUUAAGGAUGUUGAGGAGUAAUCUGUUUCAUCGAAAUAAAAGAGUAGUGGAUUCCAUUGCUAACUCUGAUGCUUACCUGGAGGAUCUUUUCACAGAUUACUAUGAAAAAGCUGCGAGCAUGACUGAUCUCUCUACAAGCUAUCUCAGAGAAGGGGGUCAUAUCCGAAUUAAUUUACUUAAUAACAACAUCCCCAAAGGUCCCUGUAUCCUCUGUGGAAUGGGAAGUUCUAAAAGGGAGACAGUCUAUGGAUGCCUAGAGUGUUCUUUUAAUGGACAAAAAUAUGUACGACUGCAUGCUGUGCCCUGUUUUGACCUCUGGCAUAAGAGAGUAAGGUAACUGAUCUAGGUAAGUGCCUGUUGUUGCAGACAAGGGCAUAACUGUGCCACAAUUUUUUUCAAAAUUAGUACAUUUGACUUUAGCUCUUUAAAUGUAAAAAUAGUAAAAGUGCAAAACAUAUUCUUACACUACUGCUAUUUCCAAAUUAUUUGCUUCACACAUAAAAAUAAUCACUUUAAUUACCUGAAAAUGCCCUAGGCCAUUCCCUAACAUUUUACUUUUCUUCUUUCUAGCACUUUCUCAUUUCAUCAUUCAUAAUAAUUAAAUAUGGACUUUCAAACUAAAUGUCAAGAUUAUAAGCUAGAACUUGUUUAUAAACAAGUUGUUUACACAAACUUGUUCUUAAAUCCAAAGAUGUUGCGCCUUUAUCUACACUGGCGUAUGAUGGUAAAAUGAGAAAAUGUGUUAAACAUUCAUGAGAGCACUAAAUUAUUAAUUGAAGUAUCAGAUUAAAAACCAUGUUAAAAGUUAGCUCAGUCUAACAUUUCAUUUGUAAAACGGAACAACCAAACCUGGGGAUAUGAGUUUCAUAUUAGGAUGCGAUUACCAUAUGUCAGUAGUUUGUUUAGAGAACUAAAAAGUACUGGCAAUUCCACAUUUUGCAUUUGGAUUUUAGAUCAUAUCUGCUCUUGACGUUUAUGUAUUUAGAAAACCUUUUUUAACAGAAAAUGUUUAUGAAAAAUAUCAAACCUAGAUACUCGGGUGUGAAGGUUUAGACUACAGACAUCAACAGCGAAAACGCAAGUUUGUGUUGUUGAGAAUAUCUACUCUAGAGGGCACUGCAGAAUAGUGUCCGACACCAUAAACGCACAUUAGAAGUGUUAGUGACUGGUAUGCUAUCCAGCUUCUUCUCAUGCUAUUUUAAAGUGAGAAAACAAUUUUUUUUUUCCUACCUUUUAGUAUGAUGUUAAAGGUAAGCCAUGUGUGGAAGCCUUUUUAUUUGUGCUGCCAUUUUCACUGUGUGUAUCUAUUUAUUACACAUUGAAAUAAACACUGCAAUCACUUUUCUCACUAGAAAUUAAGAGUGCAGAGUUGAACUCAAGUGUUAUGAUGACACUCAUAUAAGAGAAACAGUCAGCUAUCCAGAAUUACUGUCUGAUAUUAACUACAAUUUUCUUCGCAUUUUUCCAAUGUGAGGGAGAACAAAAUCACGCCCAGACAGCUACUCAUGUCUAUAUAGAGUAUCUCCCAUCAUCUUCCAUCUCAUUCAAAUAAAAUACAAUCUCAUAGAUUUUUAACUUUGUGCUGUUGAAUGAAUUGACUAAUUUUAUUAUGAAUUUUAUUAAGGUUGAAGUUUAAAAAUUCACUUACAAUACCAAGUUUUCACAAACAUCAAAUUAUUCGACUUAGUCCUACACCACAGAGGUUAUUUUAUGUUACUUCAAAAAUCUUUCUGUUUUUCUCUUUAAAUUCUAGAGGUGCAUUCAUUUAUUCUAAAACUUUUAAUAGUUAAGAUUUGCUGCAUAAUGCUUCAAAGCAGUACAUAGCAAUUCCUAGAGAACCUGGCCUAAAAGCCAGCAGAAACUCUACAGAGUUAGAAUAAAUUUUCCUUCCUGGGAUUCUGUUUUCCCUUUUCGUUCUACAAAGGACUUAGAAUUGAUAAAUGUUUCUAAGUAUGACAGCUCGUAUUGGAAUCAUUUUUUUUGUGCCUGCUUGAUAGGACAGAAAAAA